AUGGCUUUACCAAAGUUGGUGCAAUUUGCUGUUAUUCUUUUGGUUAUAUACUACACGCUGGACAAGUCGGGAUUCAGACAGCCUGUGUCCGUCUUUUUUGAGGAACUGAACGCCAUUAAAUCAACCAGUCUUCAUGAAAGAGAAAAAAGAGAAACUACCACCAAUUUCACAGAUUAUGAGAUCCAAGUUGUUGUACGCCUGUCCGACCUGGGGGUUCUCCAAAUGGUUCUUAACAAUCUCACUUAUCCCAUACUAAUCAACAGCACCACUGAGAUUUUCCAAAUAGACACUACAACAGUGUGCUCAUCAACUAUAAGUGGAUACCAGUGCAUGUGCGAGGAGCACUAUGCCUGGUCUUAUAACAACUGCAUUACAUACCAAGUCUGUGACGUCAUCGUUGAUCACAAAUGUGGUUGCAUUAAUGACCUCCCAGCAGAUGGUGUGUUCUGCCAGCUAAACAGCAGCCAAACAGUAACAUCAACCAUGAUGACAAGCACAUCAUUUCAUUCAACACCUUAUGAACCAGAUAACAUUGAUGUUGUCCUUCAUUUGCACAUCCCUUUCUUGAGUGGUCCACCAGAUACACUUGAUGACGUGAGCACCUGCGCAGGCUUGGGCCAUAGCAUGCACAGCGGGAACCUCUGUGACGGCCGGUACAGGAACAUGCGCACCUACGCAGGCUUGGGCCAUGGCGUGCACAGCAGUAAGCUCUGUGACGGCCGGUACAGGAACAUGCGCACCUACGCAGGCUUGGGCCAUGGCGUGCACAGUGGAAACCUCUGUGACGGCCGGUCCAGGGACCUGCGCAUCCGUGCAGGGAGCAGCAGUGGUGCGAGCACCCACGCAGGCUUGGGCUGUGGCAUGUGGCAGAGGAGCUGGGCCUUCGGUUGUCGGCCGGGACCUCUGUGCCCGGCGCACUGGCGUGCACCACACCCACGCAGACUUGGCCGUGGUGUGCGAUGCAGCAGCGGGGCUUCCAGUGGUCGGCACAGGAGGAAGCCAGCUGGGCGCUAUGAGGCGAAGUUGCGAGGCAGGAAGCAGGCGGAGAAUUGGCGGAGGGGGAAGCCCCUUGCUAAGGACGAACGGUACCUCUGCCCGGAUUGCCUCUGUGUCCAUCCCCUCAGGCUGGGGCUUCCUGCUCAGCCUCCGGAGCAACUCCACCUGAGCAAAAACCAACUGCCACAUUGCCUGGUCUUCAUGUGGUCGGUGACAUUAAACACAACCACACCAAAAAUGACAACAGUGACUAAAGCAACACCAAAAAUGACAACAGUGACAAAAGCAACAUCAGAAAUGACGACACUGACAAAACCAACUGCACAAAGCAAGCCAACAGUAGCCAAAACAACAACAAAAAAUCUCAUAAAUGGAUCUUUUACUCUAAACAUGGAUUUUAAGGACUCCUACAAUAACCCAACCAGUGAUGUUUACAAAGACAUUUAUAAUGCUACUAAAACAAAGUGUCAGCAGUAUGUGUCAAAAGACUGUGACGUGCAGAAUCUGAUCUUACGGUCCGGAAGUACCAUCGCUAAAUAUUCUCUAAGUAGUUCUUCUGAUGAUGACGAAAAAGUUUCAUUAGCAAAGGAUGAAAUGUUAAAUCAACUGGCAGAAAAGUAUCCAGUGGAGUUUACCAGUCCUACUGCAGGUUCUUCAAUCAACUAUAAUUAUAUAGCCCCUGCUGGAUGUGCCCCAGAGGAUAAGACGAUAACCUGUCAAGUGACAGGAAAUGCACAGGCAAAUAAAAAAAUCAAACUGAGAUUAACCCCAGAUGUUCUUUGUACAGGUAAUGAUGUAUUCGGUGACGCACCAUUAAAUUUUGAGGCUGUUGCAUCAUGUGAAGAGGGCAAGGUGGGAAACAAAACAGCAGUUUGCAAGGAAGAUGCCAAGUUUGGAGAUGUCCAAGAUAAUUGUGUCCUAGAAGUCAUACAGAAACUGCUUGAUCAGUCAGAGGUAUUGGAUAUAGCCACCCUGCCAGGAUUCUUGAAAGUUCUCAAGGAUGCAACAAUCAACAACACUAACACCAUAACUGAUUCUGCAGCCACUAUCAACGCCAUGGUUAAGAUCUUUGAAAAUGUCGGCAAGAGAUCAGAUUUGUUAAAUAUCACAAUAUUUGAAGAAUCCACAGAGAACAUCCUGGAAAGUGCAGGCAUUCUCACCACUAAUGCAGCAAAGGAAUCAUGGGAUGAACUCAACAAUGGCACCAGGAAAAACACAGAAACUAAAAACGCCAGCUCUUCAUUUUUGAGCGCUUUUGAAACAAUAACCCCCCAUGUAGUCGAUAAACCUUUGAACAUAGGUACACCGCAAAUUAUUUUCACCAAAACUAAUUUCACAAACGUUUUCAGUGAUGAAUUUAAUUCCUCAGUGGAAAUAGACAUACCAGAGGCUGGGGGAGGCCAGCAGUCUAUCACAGUAAUAAUAUUUGCUUCCAUGGACAAUGUGCUUCCCGCAAGAGAAAAAGAUAAUACAUCGUCCAGCAUUAUAAAUGGAAGGGUUGCACUUAUUCGCCCCAACUCUUAUAUUUCGAACAUAUCGAUAACGUUUGAUGUUAUCAAUGAUACAUUAGGAAAGCCCAAAUGUGUUUUCUGGGAUUUUGACUUGUUUGACGGUUUUGGAGGAUGGAGCGGGAAAGGCUGUUCACUCAUACGCCAUGAAAAUGAUACGGUCAGUUGCAACUGUAACCACACCACCUCGUUUUCUAUUCUGAUGUCGCCUUCCAGUCCAAGCGAUACUACGUUGGAAUUCAUAACCUACAUUGGAGUUGGCAUUUCUAUGGGUUCCUUGAUUAUAUGUCUCAUCAUUGAAGGCAUUGUAUGGAGAAAAAUAAGAAGGAACACAACAUCGUACUUGCGUCACGUCUCCAUCGUUAACAUUGCAGUGUCCCUCCUGAUUGCAAACAUUUGGUUCAUCAUUGGGACGUCGAUUUCAAAGACAAAAAGCACACCAGCCUGCACAGCAGCUACCUUCUUUAUCCACUUUUUCUACCUCGCCAUGUUCUUCUGGAUGUUAGCAUCAGCCCUGCUGUUGCUCUACCGCACUGUCAGUGUCUUUGAAGGAGGGCUGUCUAAAAUCUCUAUGCUGAUUAUUGGAUUCUCUUUGGGAUAUGGUGCACCACUGAUCAUUGCUACAAUAACUAUAGCUGCAACAGCUCCCUCAAAUCAGUACAUCCGAGAAAAUGAUGUCUGUUGGCUCAACUGGGCCGGAUCCAAAGCCCUGCUCGCCUUUGUGAUCCCUGCACUUAUGAUAGUGGCCAUAAAUUUUGUCAUCCUAAUUGUGGUGUUAUACAAAAUAUUGAGGAGAAGAGUAGGAGGAAAUGCAGCCCAAGCAGGAGAGAAGCAUGUUCUGGUGGUGAUUGCAAGGAGUUUGGCUGUGCUCACACCAUUUUUCGGACUCACUUGGGGUUUGGGAGUUGGAAUCAUGGUCAAACCAGGCAACAAAGGGAUACACAUUGCAUUUGCAUUCUUCAAUUCACUACAGGGAUUCUUCAUUCUGGUGUUUGGAACACUACUGGACAAAACAGUGCUGUCAGAGAUAAAGUUGCAGGGAUCUACUUCCCAAAGCAGAACAAGAAGCACCAGUGAAGGAACCUUAUCCAGUGGAGUGGCCAACUUUUUCAAAAGACUCAGAAAAAGAAAACGUUCUUCAGGCGGCUACCAUGUGCCUUCUAAUGGAUCCAUGGACUCAUCCAACACUUAAUACAAUGCAAAUUUCAAGUGAUCAAGCAAACCAAAAAUGUUUUAUUGAAAAUUGCAUUUUGAAGUUUGAUUUGCUUUUUGUUAGAUUUUGACCAACGUACUUUUAAAAAGCUGCUAUAUGUAAUGCCCAAACUUGUGUUCAUAGUACAUAUACAUGUUUUUGAAAUAUAAAGUAUUGUGCAGGAGUACCAAUUUAUAAGCAUUUGUCAUCCUAACAUUUGAUCAGAAGGUUUCAUUUAUUUUUUUUAUGAUUGAAUAAUUCUUUUGUGUUAAUGUGCAAGUGUUUUUAAGGUUGUCAUGUCAUGAUUUCGGCACUGUUGCCUGAUCUAAUUUCUCUUAUCACACACCUGCUUAGCUCCGCCUAUUCCUCAUCACCACUGAUCUGUUCGACCUGCUCCCACUAGUAUAAAAUCAGCUUUUAGACCAGACAGCAGUGCCAGUUUACUUUGUCCUUGUGAUCGACUUAUACCAGCAUUCUUUCCUCUGAUUCCCUGUUCCUGACCUGUUCUGCUCACCGAUCUCCGGGUUUGCCUGUUCCUACCAGACCCGUUUGCCUGACCUGUCUUUAGACGCCGGCCCGACCGGAUUACCUGCCUGAUCUCUGUCUGACCGUGUACCGAACCCUGAACUGUGACCCAACUGGGAUCUGGAUUAUCCCUUAGCAAUUUACCGGCUCUCUGACCUCCUGGUUCUGACCACCGACUACGUUUCCGACUUCGGCUUUUGCUUAACUCACUGGAUUUUCCUGCUUUGUGUUUGUCUACACGGUUCUGACCUUCUGCCUGUCCACCGAUCAUCACUUCCUCCGCAUCUCGGACUGUCGGAGCUUCACAACCUGCCGCAUCUUGUUGGCAACCCGCUGCCCCCUCCGUUCCUUUUUCCUAAUAAACCGUUUGUUCGCCUUGAA